AUUUCAUUAGUAAAAUAUCAAAUGAAACGGUAUGAUAGUUGGUAUGAAGUCAUUUUAUUAAACAAAAGACUAGGGAUAAAUCCAGACAUAGUCAUGAUUGUCUACAUAGUCCUUUUUAUCCUAAAUGCAGCAACAGUACAAGCCGUGCUUGACUUUGAUGUGAGACUCUCAGGAGAACUUGCCCCUCAAGGCCAGGGCAGAGUACAGGUUUUUAAGAAAAAUUGGUGGCAGAGAGUGUGCAACUUUGAAUGGGACAGAAAUGAUGCAAAGGUGAUAUGCAGGCAACUAGGAUAUGACCCUGAACGAUCAGAGACACCGCAAUAUAAAUCAGAUCGAGUUAGAGACAGAAUGAAUUAUAAAUGGGGUCGUGAGCAAGGAGGACGUAUAUAUGGCAUUCAUAAUGUUAAUUGUACUGGCAAUGAAACAUAUAUUGGACAGUGCAAAAUAGGGAAAUGGCAUUUCAGGGAUCCAAAAUGCAGGAGAAACCAUGAUGCCGUUGCAAUAUGUAAAAAAGAUGAAAGUGAUCGAAUGAUCCGUGUAAAGCCUACUGGUGUGAUAGAACUUAAACAUGAUGGCGUUUGGGGAAUGGUGUGUUUGUUCUACCAUUGGUCCUUCGCACGGAAGAAAGCAUUGUCAAAUGUAAUAUGUAAACAACUAGGCUUUGAUUUUGGCUUACCAACCUAUAAAGUACAAGGAAUCAAUUACAGAUUUCCAGUUUCGAUUUAUAACAUUCUAUGUAAAGGUACGGAGAAAAAUCUACAAGAAUGCGAAAUAUUUCAUAAAGUUGAUGAAAAUGACUGCAGAUAUGGUUUGCUAACUAUUGAAUGUGAACCAAAAUUCAGGCUUUAUCAAGAGAUGAACAUGCCAUCUGGAAUAAAAUCAGGAGUACUAAUGGUCCAUAUAUCUGAUACUUGGUAUGCUGUUGGUAGUCCAAAUCUUGCAUACAGAGGAUGUAAAUGGCUUGGAUUGAAGACACUGUAUGCCAGGACCCUUGGCACAGUUCAGUUGAACACUUCAAGCAUUGCAGGGAAAACAGUGGCUAAUAUGUUAUGUGAAAGUGAUGAACUAUCCCAAUGUCUUAAGAUUACACUCACGGCGCCCUCUCCAGGAGACUUGAGGAGCCCAGCACUAAGAUAUGUCACAGCAUGUCCUGAUAAACCAGACAAAGCUGUUUCCGAGGCUGUCAUAAGGUUAAAUGAAAGUUCCCAUGGAAAUCUGGAAGUCUUUGUUAAUGACACAUGGUACCUAGUGUGCCACUUUAAUGGAUG